UUGACCUGCCUCGUUUGGUAAAACCCUAUCUCUGUCUCUCUCUUUCUGCAAAUAUAUAAACAAAAACAUAAUUUCUUUUUUAUUUCUCUCUCUCUAAAAAAACCACCCCUCUCUCUCUAGGCAUCUCCGAUCUGUAUCUCUAGUAACCGUUAGAAAGAGAGCCUCUUCAGGUUUUUUUUUAUGGUAAAGAGGCAAUAGGUUUUUUUCAAUUGAUCGCUGAAGUGUUGUAAUUAGCUUAUAAUCUGUCUCCAAUUAGAAUACAAACAUGAAGAAUUGCGAAAGAAUUGCCAAUUUUGCUUUAGCAGGUUUAACAUUGGCACCACUUUUUGUGAAGGUAGAUCCAAACUUAAAUGUGAUCUUGACUGCAUGCCUGGCAGUUUAUGUCGGUUGCUAUCGAUCUGUCAAGCCUACCCCACCUUCAGAGACCAUGUCUAAUGAACAUGCAAUGCGCUUUCCCUUUGUCGGAAGUGCUAUGCUGUUAUCAUUAUUCUUACUCUUCAAGUUUCUUUCAAAAGAUUUGGUUAAUGCUGUUCUGACUUGUUACUUUUUUGUGCUUGGAAUCGUCGCACUUUCGGCAACACUUUUACCAGCUAUAAAACGUUAUUUGCCUAAGCAUUGGAAUGAUGAUGUCAUUUCUUGGAAUUUUCCAUACUUCCGUUCUUUGGAUAUUGAGUUCACAAGAUCUCAAAUUGUUGCGGCUAUUCCUGGAACAUUCUUUUGUGCUUGGUAUGCUUCCCAAAAGCAUUGGCUGGCCAACAAUAUUUUGGGCUUGGCUUUCUGUAUCCAGGGGAUUGAAAUGCUUUCCCUUGGUUCUUUUAAGACUGGUGCCAUCCUCUUGGCUGGACUUUUUGUAUAUGACAUUUUCUGGGUUUUCUUCACUCCUGUGAUGGUUAGCGUGGCAAAAUCUUUUGAUGCACCUAUUAAGCUUUUGUUCCCCACAGCUGAUGCUGCGAGACCAUUUUCCAUGCUUGGACUUGGUGACAUUGUGAUUCCUGGUAUUUUUGUAGCUCUGGCAUUGCGAUUUGAUGUGUCCAGGGGAAAAGACAGCCAGUACUUUAAGAGUGCUUUUCUUGGAUAUGCAGCUGGUUUGGUCCUUACAAUUAUUGUCAUGAACUGGUUCCAAGCUGCUCAGGUGACUUGUCUCGAUCCUUUUUCUUGUUUUUCUUCUCUAUUUUGUAUGUCAGGAUUAUUAUCCCCUGUAUUGAUCGCUGUGCUUUCGUAUUAUUACUUUCAGCCUGCGCUUUUGUAUAUUGUACCAGCUGUUAUAGGAUUCUUAGCUGCUCACGUCCUAUGGAAUGGGGAAGUCAAGCCAGUAUGUCCUGUUAUGAUCUUAUUUCUGUUGCUUACAGUGGCCACCUUUCUAUUAUAAUAUUUUAGAAAUUUCUUCUCCUGAGAAGUCAUCUUGAUCAUACUCGGUUGUCUGAUAUAGUAUUUUUUAUUUGGGCAUAAUAUGCAGUUAAUGGAGUUUGAUGAGUCCAAGACUGCUGUGUCAUCUCAAGAAGAUAGUGGAACCAGCUCUAGCAAAAAGGUGGAAUGAUGGGAAAAAGAAAACCCCAGAUACUGAAACUUAGUGUCAGGGAAGAAAUAUGUUUAUUUUCAUUGAGGACAUAGAAUGCUACAACUCUCAACCUUUUUGCCAUCUUAUGCAACUUGCACACCAGUGUAACAGGCUUUGGAAUUUUAGCCAAAAAAAAAAAAAAAUUAGUCUCACAGCAGGACCAUUUUAGACCGUCAGUUUUUUUUUUUUUUUUUAAUUCUUAAGCCUCCAUGAUUUUACUUGAGAAGUCCUCUUGCGAGGAAAGGCUUGUGUGGUGAUCAGAUAAACCCCUCUGAAAUGAGAUAUCAUCUUGGUAGUGUGGACCAAAUGGUUUCACCGCUAGCUCAUCAAGUGAAUUGGGAAUGUGAUUAAUUUGUCUA